CCAGUAGUAAACAUUUCCUAGCUGAUAUGUUUCAGUAUUAUUCCGGACUUGCAAUUGGAAUCGGGAUUGCUGAACAGUAGGGCAAGAUGUUAGCAUUCGUGAUUUUUGUACUGUCUGCGUACUCCCCAGUGUCUGGUUUAACUGCAUCUUUUAACAUGACCGAAUACUACCAGCUGCCAAAAAUGUACAAAUACGAUGACUACGAUCAGUGUAUGCGGGAGUUUGAUGUCAAAGCGGUAUACUGUCUUGUGGACACCACAAUUAAGCCGAAUUCCACGGCUACGAUCUGGCCACUGAUUCAGAAAUUUUCCAACGAUUCCAAACGAAGCUUCCGCCAUGACCGGCUGCAACGUGGGCUCUGCAUGAACUGGUGCAGCAAAAUGAUGGCAAAGUACGACCGGGGAACGCAGAUGAAAUACUAUUUGCCCGGUUUCAACGAAUCCAGCGAGAUAACGUUCGAUCCGAAUACUUUUCGGCAAGCAUUGCAGUGGCGCCAGAAGUACAGGAAGUUGGCAAAUCAGUGUGUAAAUUUCGAACUCAAACGUCAAUUCUCGAUCAUGGGCCAUUCAAUGGUGGAGUACUGCGUGACAAAUCGCGAACAGGAAUCGGUAGAUUUUCUGGAUGCUAUCUUCCUAGUGGUUCUUGGUUCGAUCAUUCUGCUGAUCAGCCUUUCCUCAUUCUACGAUUACAGACUCAAAAAGAAACAUGUUUUCGAUACGACCAGUAGAGAUUAUUAUCGGAAACCUGUGCAAAGAGGGUUGACCCAAAAACUAGUGGCAUUCUCGCUUCCACGGAACUGGCAAAUUCUGACAGCGAAACGACGAUCAACACUGAGCAAAGAUCUUCGUUUUCUCCAGGGCGCUCGAUUUCUUGUAAUGUAUCUAGUGAUCGCCGGCCACUGCAUGGUAUUUAACUGCAUUUUUCCUCUCCACAAUCCGGAAUAUGUUGAAUUUAACUAUCGCAGGAUGAUUACCAUGCUGCUUUUCAACGGUCUCACGGUGAUACAGACCUAUUUCACAAUCAGCGGAUUUCUGUUGGCAGUGCAAUUCGCGGAUUACAGCGAGAAAAAGAAAUCAUUUACGACGAAAGACUUUUUUGCGAGUAUACUCUAUCGAUAUUUAAGAUUAGCGCCACUGUACGCGUUCGUGAUUCUACUGGACGCAACCUGGUUGUACAAACUUCAAGACGGACCGGUUUGGAAGCGAGUAGCGGAAACGGAACGGACCUUCUGCAGAAACAAUUGGUGGGCGAAUUUGCUCUUCGCAAACAACUACUUCACCGUCGAUGAGCCGUGUCUACAGCAGGGAUGGUAUCUCGCAACCGACUUCCAGCUGUUCAUCCUUGGCCUUGUGCUGCUCGCUUUCGUCCGACGUUUCCCCAAACUGCGCAGACCCACCAUGGUCAUUGCCAUCGCUUUCGCUUACAUUUCACCAGCCCUAGUUGCGUAUUUCAAUCACUUCGAAGGGGUGGUCAUGAUACGGCCGGAAGCAUUGAAGUACGUUCUUUGGUACGAUGAGAACUAUCGCAAGAUGUACAUUCCGAUGCAUACGAAUUAUGGCAGCUACUUGGCCGGAAUAAUUGCCGGUUUGACGUAUCGUAAGCUGAAGUAUGCUGAUUUCGAUGUCCGGAAGAGUAAGUUGUUUCUGCUGGCCUGGUACUGUUCGCUACCGAUAGGCAUUAUGCUACUGCUAUCCGCGUACAUCUUUUAUGCGUACGAUUUCCAGAAGCCUGCCAUUUGGAUUGCUUGCUAUGCUGCAGUCUCCAAAAACCUGUGGGGUUUAACAUUCGGCGUUAUGUGCGUGGGACUUGCAUUUGGAGUGGGUUGGUUUUUCAAACGACUGCUGAAUAAUCCAAUUUUCCGACCACUUGGAAAGAUCACUUUCGCAGUAUAUCUUUGUCAUUUGUUUGUCAUACGUGCAACGCUCGGCAACAUACGACAGCCGAUUUUCGUCAGCGAUGUUCGAAUCCUUGUCUCGACAUCAUCAACUCUCGUUUUGUCAUAUAUUCUUGGGUUACUUCUUUGCUUAGGAAUAGAAAUUCCACUUUCCAAUCUGCAGAAACAAUUGUUUGAAAAGAAAUCAGAUAUCUACUACGAAGAAAACGUAGAGCUUUCGUCGAAUGGAAGAAAAACCGAUACCGACAACAAAACUCAUAUCUCACUAUAA